AUGGCUCCAUCCCGAGACUUUGCAUCCCACCAGACUGGCUAUGGCAGUUUACCAAGUUCUGUGCCAGUGCUCAUUGUGGGCGGAGGCCCGACUGGGUUAUUGCAGGCCCUCCUUCUCUCUCGACUCGGAGUUCGAUCAUUAAUCAUUGAGCGUUAUGCCGAGCGUUUGGCUGCCCCCAAAGCUCACGCGAUCAGCCCCCGCUCUUUGGAAAUCCUACGUCAAUUUGAACUAGGCGAGAAGCAUGUGCGCCAGCUAGGCACUUCGCGAGAUGAUAGCUCCUCUGUCAACUUUCUGACAAAUCUUUGCGAGGAAGCGAUCGGCAGGCUCCCGUAUGAGCGCAUGGAUCCUGCAGUCUUGGAUGACACGCCAGAGAUGAUUCAUAAUAUACCCCAACCAGCCCUAGAGCAAGAAUUGUCCAAUUUUAUUGCAAAAGAUCCCAACGUUACCUUGGUCAAGGGAUUCAGCAUUCAUGCUGUGGAACAAACUGAAAAUGAAGUUGUAGCGACAAUUGAGGAACGGUCAACUGGACAACUCCAUCAAACAAAGUCCCGUCACCUCAUAGCUUGUGAUGGUCGUAGAAGCAAGGUCCGUGAGCUGCUCGGUAUUGAGUCUGAGAGCGAAGACUCCGAUCAGACAAUGAUGACCAUUCAUUUCAAUGCCAAUCUGCGACCUGUCGUUGGUGACCGUGUCGGGAUGUUGUAUUGGAUAAUGGACCCGGUAGCUGCGGGCUUUAUCAUCGGCUAUGAUCUCGAUGGGAUCCAGGUACAUAUCAGCCAGGUAGACGUUGAAGAGCACCCGGUCGAGUCGUGGACAGAAGAUAUGUGCAGGGCCAAGAUUCGUGGUGCUAUCGGUAAUGACGAUGUUCCGUUUGAUAUCCUGAGCUAUCGCCCCUGGGUCUUCCGUCGCCAGGUUGCUUUCACGUUCCAGGAGGGGAAUAUUUUCCUGGCUGGAGAUGCUGCUCACUCAUUCCCCCCAACUGGUGGGCUAGGUUUGAAUUGUGGUCUUGCAGAUGUUCACAACUUAGCUUACAAGAUUGCCUUGGUUCACCGGGGGGUAGCGACGCCAUCUAUACUUUCGACAUACACUGCCGAGCGACGGGGUGUUGCGGAUUCCUAUUCCAAGCAGAGUGUUAAGAACGGCAAGGAGAUAUUUGCCCUGUUGCAGAGUCUCAAAACCGCCGGUGUUGAAGAUGUUAUACAAGCGCGAAAGAAUAUGAUGGCAGCGUUGGCGGAUCCGGUCCAACGCAAACGGGUUAAGGCAGGUAUUGAAGGACAGAGGGAACAUUUCGAUAAUCUGGAGCUUCAUAUUGGAUAUGUGUAUGGUGCUACCGAGCCACCUCCUCAUGCUUCACAUUAUUCUCCAAAAUUUGUGCCUGGGGCGCGCUUACCGCAUGCUUGGAUUGGCUUCCCAGAUCAUCUCUCCCCGGAGACAGAGGCAGCCAGGUGUUCUUCACUGCCCCAUAAGCCAGUCGAUGUAUCCUAUAUCAAGGAUUUUGAUGCAGAUCAGGUUCGGGCGUGUCAGUGGAGUACCCUGGAUCUCUGUGGCCCUGACUCUUGGACCUUGAUUCUGGGGCAGGAACAGCAAACUCCCAACAUUACCCUUUUGCAGAAGCACUGUAACGUGAUUGGCAUACCUCUUAAUACCUGGCGCCUCGACGUUGACUUUGAAAUCGUCAGGCAGAGUUGGUUUGCUGAUGAAUUGGUCCAUGGUGGAGGGGUUCUGGUUCGCCCUGAUCAGCACAUCCUAGCAAGGAUCGCUGCCGAGACAUAUAAAGAAGAUGUGAUUGCGGAGGUAAACAAACAUCUUGGGAUUUAA